UUUCUACAUUUUGUGUUUGUUUCUCUGCAUUUCUAGCACCUGCAGAAUCUCUGUUUUCCUGUUUAUAUUGAAGACAAUACUGGGCUGCCUCGCCCUUUAUUCUUCCGUCCUGCGCUGCACCCAAAGGGAUGUUGUACAUUUGCUCGUCCACGCCAGGCGGUGGCCGUUCGUUUAGCUGUUUGAGCUCUCCGUUUCUACACAUUUGCAAGGGAAAAGGAGCGCAGUACUUAGAAAUUAUUCAGUUCUACCGACUGUCGCCCCAGGAAUUUUUAAGGAACUGCACACUUCGUUAAAAAUAUCCAGCCGAUCCGACACUACGGGAGGUUCAGCCCGUCACUGUGGCGCUGGACUGCUACCAGUCAAUCUCCCUGAUUAUGGUUAUGGAUAAAAUAGACACCACAGCCAGAAUCUACCAUUGACAUUAAGGAGUGACUUUUAGAAGACCCAAGGUUAGAAUCCCAGCUGUUAGCCGCUGAGAAGGCCUUCAACCCCUCCCAUUUCGUCUUAGCCCUACAACUACGCCAUUUACAGGUCAGAGUCCCAUGGACUCAACGAGACGGUAGCAGUACCCUGUCAAUAAACAGAGCCAAUGAGGAAGCAAGCAGCCUAGAACAGGUUCAGGUUCCGGCCGAACGGGCUCGCCUGUGUUUACGUUGCUGACAAUUGCAGAGCUGUGCAGAGUUGAAGGCUUGCGUGAACGGCGAUGGGUGGAACGGAGGAGCUCCCGGUGAUUGACUACGUGCUGGUUUACGAGGACAACGAUGAUCACUUACUCGCCAGGGAGCGAAUGGAGUUUUUGUGCGAAGUUAAAAAGACUGGGCUCCGCCUGGUCCCCGACGUGACCGAGCGGAACCGGGAGAACACAGAGGUGGAAGAAGACAAAAACAGGCGGGAAGAACGGAGACACGCAAAACAGAUUAUUAAAAUCUUCGCCCCGUUUAAUGUACUGAGCCAAGGAGCUGAAAAAAUGAGAUUAAAAAUGCCCUUGGAUAUAGAGUAUACAACAUUGAACGAAGAUACAGAGAGAUCAACAACUACCCUAAAAACGAUAGUGAAGUAUUUGGAGACAGAUGAUGAAGCUGACUAUUAUAGUGCGCCUUAUAAACAUGACAAGCAACAUCUAUUCAAAGGAAUUGGUGACAAGACCACAUUUUUUCGACCAGCUGUGAGAUCUCUAAUUGUCAAUUAUAUUCUAAAUGGGAUCCGAAUGCCCCGAGAAACCCACAAAGUUAAAGCAAAACAUAAUGAAGAUGUAGAAAUGCAGCCUUUUGUCCAGAAAAGGAACAUCAGGAAAGAUCUUAUGACUGAUGGAGAAACAAAAUUGAUUUGCAGUCUACCAUAUUUGUUAAUGAAGAAAGCGUUUACAUCUGCAUUCACACUGCAUGAAGGACCGGAAAAUGACUUUCAAAAGAAUGUCAGUGCACCCUCAAUACAAGGAAGUGCUGGUCAUCACAACAGCUGGACGGAUCUUAAUAAUCUGUGGGCUAAUAGUUACAGAUUUCAACCAUUAUGGAAGAUUAGAAACUAUUUUGGUGAAAAAAUUGCAUUUUAUUUUGCUGUGAUGGAAGUGCUUUUAUUCUUCUUAAUUCUACCUGUAUUCGUUGGCUUGGCUAUUUUCGGUUAUGGCCUUUAUUACAGUAUUUCCUGUAACAAGGCCAUCAGUAAUGUUAACACAUUCUUGCGUGGAUUUAGUUGUAACUUGGUCUGUUCAACUCCAAGUAUAGUCUCAGAAGUUGCCGAAAGAGCAGUGAAUCAGAUCAGGACUGAAUGUGACAAUAUUGCUCAAAGGAAGAGGAAUAUUGAACAAUUAAUGAACGGGACAUGUGCUUUUGAGAACCACUAUAAUUGUACUUUUCAGGUGCUGCCAGAUGAUACCUUCACUAUGUUCAACUCUUCUUUUGACAAUUAUGCUUCUCCAGCAUUUGGAUUUUUCAUUUGUCUGUGGGGAACAAUAUUUUUGGAAUGCUGGAAGAUGAAGAAUGCAGAACUUGUGUAUGAGUGGGAUGUUGAAGAUUAUGAAAGUGAUGAACUAGUGAGACCUGAAUUUUACGGGACGGAGCCGGACCGAAUCACAGGUGAACCUGAAGCCUUCUACUCAUCUCGCAGACAACAGCUAAAAUAUGUGCUUUCAUUUUCAGUGGGAAUUCUAAUGGUGGUCUGGGUAUUCAUCAGUGUCUUGGCAGUAGUCAUUUAUAAUACCUGGGCUAGAUUUCGAGUGACAGACUCCAAAUCGUUGGAAUAUUUUCUCUUAACCACUGUUGUUAGUUCGUUACUCAAUGCAUUAUCCAUUUCAGUAAUGGGAAAAAUAUAUCAAUUGAUCGCAGUUAAAAUGACCAAAUGGGAAAACCACAGGACUCAGACUGAAUAUAAUGAUGCCCUGAUAUUAAAGUUAUUUGCCUUCCAGUUUGCCAAUAGUUACUCUCCUCUGUUUUACAUUGCAUUUCUGAAAACGAACAACAAGCAGAUGUUCACAUCAAUUAAUUUGCCUUGGCUGGAGGAUAAUUGUGGAGAGCUGAACAACUGCAUGGUCGAACUUAGCUUUCAAGUACUGACUUUAAUAAUCACAGAAACACUUCCAAAAUUUGUAAAUGAUAAUAUUGUACCAUUGUUUAAAGGCCUGAUGAACAGAUGGUGUGGUAAAAGCAGAAUACUCUCUGUGGAAGACUGUAGCAGUAUAGAUGAGUAUAUUCUGCUGGAGGACAGGAAACCAGAUCUUGGAGACUUCACUCUGGAGGAGUACACUGUAAAGGUCAUCCAGUAUGGUUACAUGAUGCUUUUUGCUGCUUGUUUCCCACUGGGACCUUUGGCUUUCUUCCUAACCAUCUGGUUAGACAUGCAUUUAGAUGCCAAACGAUUGCUGCGGAUAUACAAACGCCCCAUUGCUCAUAUGGCUCAAGACAUUGGUCAAUGGUUCACAAUAUUGGAUUUAAUUAAUUGUGUGGCUGUGGUGACCAAUGGCUGCCUCAUUGUAUUCACUUCAGAGUUUGGGAGGGAGAAGCCUCUUUAUGAAAAACUUCUCAUUCUGAUUGCAUUUGAGCAUACUUUGUUUGUUGUGAAAUUUCUGCUGUCAACGUUCCUGCCAGGCAUUUCCAAAAAUAUAAAAUUAGCAAUAAGAAAGGAAAAAUAUGAAGCACAAAAGAUAAUGGAAACUGAAACACAACAAAUCCUACAACAAUAAUGAACAGAGUGGGAGCCAAAGGGACAGACUUCCUCCGUUGAGAGUGACACCUUGAUGAGACUGUCUGUACACUCACUCCUGCAACCUCUCUGGACCCUUCCCCCCGCCCCACCCACCCAACUCCCCUUCAGCUAUUUCACCCACACCACUGUCCUGUUGUGUGGCAAGUAUUAUUUUGUUGUUAAAUGAGCAUUUCCACAAACAUUUCAAUGUGAAUUAAAUUUUAAUGGUCAAAACCGCAGAAUGAAGAUGCUUGUUCUGUUUUUUAAAUUUCUGUAAUUUUAAAGAUUCUGAGGCUGGGGCAAGAGAUGCCCUUUCUCUGUACACUGCUAUCAGUACAGCACUUUUCUGCUUGUCGUAUCUGACCAGUGUUACACUAUUGUAUAUUUGUAAUUGUGCCAAUUACCUUGGAUAUAAAAAUCAUUUUGAUACUGUGGAUGUCUUAAAUUAAUGUUUGUAGUUCUACUACUUAAGAAUAAAUCUGUGAUUUUGUAUCAAAUAUAGCUUUAAAAUGCCUUUCUAUUUGUUACAUGUUGAACAAAGUUAUCUUCUUGCAGAGAUCUAACAUAUUUGGUGAUUGGUUCAUUCCAAAGAGAACAACAUAUGUAAAAGUACAAGUCUGAUGAUUACAAAGCUCUUAAGAAUACCUGUGAUGUAAAACUUUCUCUGCAGUGUUUUAGGAUGUUAUUCUGUCAAAACCUUUCUCUACUGACUGGGAGGAACAAAUAGCCUCCAGAAGCUAUUAUUUUUGUGCUGGGAUACGUCAUUAAUUGAAGUGUUCAAAGGUUAUUUGAAGCUUUACGACAGAGAGAGGUAUGAUUUAUAUGAGACUCAUGUGAAACAGAUCAAUAAUUUGGAUGCCCAAGAAUGAGAAAUGAAAUAAAGGUGGACACUCCAUAGCUGCUAUGUUCCCUCUAAGGUGUAGGUGUAUAUGUACGUGCAUGCACACAGAUCUUGCUACUAGUGCACAAAGGAAUUUAAACUGUGUACAACAGGUUGUCACUCUCUGCCUCGUUGGCAUGUUAAGUAUAUUUCGUCAUCAUACACAAUUAUAUUUCCUUUUCCAGUUUCUGAUGUGGACGGCGUCGAUAGUGUGGAGUUUGCGAUGAUUUGUCUGCAGAUUUUAGAAUUGGCUUAUUCAUGCUGUUUUAAUCGAAGAAAUUAUUGAUUCACUAUGUCGAAUCCCAAAGAAGCAAAUGGUAUGAAGCUCAAAAGUACUGCUGGUUCAUUUAAAGAGGAAUAGCUUAAUGAAACAGUAGAAACUGCAACACCAAAAGCUCAUGAGGUCAGGAACAAGAAAUAUUUAUGUACAGUACAGAAACUGGUGUUACCUGUGCGAUGCAAAAGUUGCUGGAGAAUCUGCAAGUGGGAAGAAGUGGAGUGUUAUUUGGAAAUUUGACUUCUUAAAGCAUCAUUUAGCAAGCAAAACACACAUAUGUACAGUGUGCAAAAGUGCGAAAAUCCAUCAUUACCCGCUGCAGGCAUGCUACGUAUGUUUUGUGAGAGUGCAGAAGAACGAAAGUGAAAAAUGAUAAAACCUAGAGGAGAUCACUGUCUUACUAACUAUGUUUUGCUAGCUGUUAGAAUAAAUACCUCGAAAUAUAAAACUCAGUGUGCACAUAUUGUUGUCACUGAGCAAAAAAUUGCCCAGCACAAGAUUUUAGCACACAUAGAAAGUCAGCAAUAAAUAGGAGACUCUGCACAAUCUUAUCACUGUAGAAUUUGAAAAUAAUGUAUCUGAGGUAAAAGGACAUAAAAUAACCCACCAGAUUAUUGUCUUUCCUUGAAGGAAAUAUUUAAUUAUCCUUGGUAUAGGUUCAUACGUCAUAAUGUUAAUGACAAUUGCAGGUUCUCUAAGUUCAAAAUUGGAGCAAUUAGGAUUAAGUGUUAGGAUGGAACUUAAUAUUAAAGAAUAAAUUUCUAGUUGGUUUGAUGUACCAAAUUCUAUAUCAGUUACACAUACACAGCUGAAGCUGAUGUAACUUUAGGGAUCACAGAUAACAUCUAAUAGCUGAAAAGGUUGUUUAAAAUACAAAUUAAUUAAAUUGAUAAUGCAAAUAUCUCUGAUAUUUUUAUUAUCCUAAUACAGAAUCAAUACCUGGUUAGAAUUACAUUUCUAAAUGAAAUUUGUGUUUCCAUUGCCUGUAGGCCUGGGCCAAUUAAAAUUAUGUCUUUAUUCAACCUAUGGAACACUAUUCUACUACUAUUUGUUUGCAUUAACUAAAUUCACAGCCCCAAAAAAUAUUUAUUUUCUUUGUUUUGGUUGUAGGGAAAUGCAGCAGAAUUGUUCGAGGCUUAGUGUUUCUAGUAAAGCCAAAGUUUAAUGUUUAAAUUUUCUAAUAGAAUUAAGUAAAAGUGUAAAGAAUUACUUAUUAUAAAACAAGGAUGCUGAGGUCAGCCUAUUUCAGACGUAGCUGUUUGUGAUAUCACUCAAAUGGAAAACUAUUGUAAUUAUUACUCAUGUUUAUUGUGCAAUUUGGAAAUAAUGGUCAAUAAUCUACUAAAAAAUGUCUUCAAGAUUAUUAUUAUGCUUAAGGCAAACUCUCCUUUAAAAGAAAGAAUAGUUGCAUUGCAUAUUGGAAUGUUAGAAUAAUAGUUGCAUUGAUGAACCAGAUCAAAAAGGAGAACAAGAUUUUAAAAUUCUGUAGAUUAAAGAAAGGACAAAAACUGCGUGAGGAAAGGGGCUCCAGAACUUUAAGCUUCAGAGAGGAGCGUCUGAAUAACAAUGAAUUCCAUGCAGGGAGGAGUAAAAGUUUCUGCAAUAAACAGUUAUUUAGUCUGGUAUUCCAUUUUCUUAAUGGCAUAGACAACUUUAGUCUUCUGAAACAUUGAGCCAAAUUUCACAGAAGUUACAAUGUAAAAUUGUGAAUACCAGUGGUCGCCAUUGUUACUCCAGGAAACUGAUACUUGUUAUGGAAUUCGUGCACAUGCUUGGUGUAAUAGUGGGACUGGGAUGCCACUAUUGUGCACACUGUAUUUUAUAUAUAGAGGUAUUCAUUUUAACAGCUAGCAAAACACUGCUGAUAAGACGAUGAUCUCCUCUGGGUUUGUUCACUUUCACUCUCGAUCACCUGCACUCUCACAAAGUCCAAAUCUGAUUCUGGUCCUGUUUGCACCAACUGUAUCAUUAUUUGUUGACUGCAAUUGCAGAAUGCAAAUUUCAUUACAUGACUCAGAUUAAUUCUGCAAAGCACAAAGAAGCUGAAAAGGAUCACAGUCUACAGGGCCAAACACUCAGUUGUAAGUUAAUGGUAAAACAGGAGUGGAAGGAGAUUAUAAAACCCCAAAAUGAUUUUAAAAAAAAGACAAAGCAGAAUUUAAAAACACUUCCUCUGUGUAAGUGUUUUGCAAGUAAUACUCAGUCCACUCACCAUCUCUCCAAAUACAAUGAAAUAUUUUGAUGUAAAUUAGAUCGAAGUUCAUACUGUAUGGAUUAAUGAUAUUUGUUUCCCCCUUCCCCCCGCCCCAGUAAGGUCAUUGAGCCUAGGGAAUAGAUAACAACAGAAAAUGUGCUAGAAAUACCCGGCAGGUCAGGCAACACUUAUGGGGAAAGGACCAGAGAAUCAGGCCAAUAGUUUUUUUUUAAAUCAGAGCUGGGGAAGAAGUUAUUUCAAACACUUCAAGCUUCAGCAAACUGUCAGUGCUGCAGUAGAACAGAUCAAGCUACCAUGGAAUUUAAUGCAGACAAGUGUGAGGAGUUGCAUUUUGACAGAACAAACGAGGGUCGGGCUUACAUGGUUAGUGGUCGGGCACAGAGGGAUCUAGCUCCAUAAUUCUUUGGAAGUGCUAAAGAGAGCUGUUGGCACAUUGACCUUCAUAAAUCCAAGUAUUCAGUACAGGAGUUAGAAUGUUAUGUUGAAGUUGUAUAAGACAUUAGUGAGGCCUAAUUUAGAGUACUGUGCGUAGCUUUGGUCACCUACCUACAGGAAAGAUGUAAAUAAUGUUAAAAGAAUGCAGAGAAAAUUUACAAAGAUGUUGCCAGGACUUGAGGAUGAGUUAAUACGGAAAGGUUGAAUAUGUUAGUUAUUAUUCCUCAGAGUGUAAGAGAAAUGGAGACACCUCUUUCUCCCGUACUAGGGAGAAAGAGAGCCUGUGAUAUGUCGAAUACUGGUUGAACGAGUAGUCUUUGGAGUACUGCAAGUCUGUGUCUUUGCUGUUGCUUUGCUGCACGCUUGAGUGCUCGGUGGUGGGUGCCGAUGCUUUUUUUAUGCUGGUGGGGGGGAGGGGGGAUCGUUGCUUCGUUGCUGCUUUUGUGCAGGAGGGAGGGGAGCUCAGGGGGGGCCUUGGGGUUCUAACAUUUAACUGUUAUUCAUUCUUUGGGGGCACUCCUCUGUUUUCGUGGAUAGUUGCGAAGAAAAAGCAUUUCAGGAUAUAUAUUGUAUACAUUUCUCUGACAUUAAAAGUACCUUUGAAACCUUUUGAAACUUUGAAUGAGGAGAGAUUUGAGAGAGGUAUAUAAAAUUUUGAGGGGUAUAGAUGGGGUUAAUGCAAACAGGCCUUUUCCACUGAAGUUGGUUGAAAUCAGAACUAGAGGUCAUGAGUUAAGGGUAAAAGAUGAAAUAUUUAAGGGGAACAUGCGGGAGAAUUUCUUUACUCAGUAAUUGCUGAGAGUGUGGAACAUGCUGUCACCAAAAUAGGCGGUUCGAUUUCAACAUUUAAGAGAAAUUUGGACAGGAGGGGUAUGGAGAGCUAUAGUGUGGGUCGAUGGGACUAGGCAAAUUGACAGUUCAGCAUGGACUAGAAGGGACGAAGGGCCUGUUUCUGUGCUGCAGUGUUCUUUGACUUGACCAGAACGCAGAGGAAGAUGGAGGAAAGACUGCAGGUAGCCAGCAAGAUGUUUAAGAAGCACUUCCCCUCUUGGCGAGAAGCAAAGACUCAGGGAUGUGGUUAGCCAUAACUGAUUGCUAAAAUUGGGAUAAUGGAACGUGGCAUAAGUUUUGUGUAACAGUCUACACCAGGUCAGGUUGCCAUGGGGAUUAAUCUCAUUUCCAGAUCCCACUGCAGUUUCCAGUGUCACCUAAUUUAGCCUACCCUUCCUCUCUCAACACUGUUAACCUUUAAAUCCUCUAGUCACAGCUGUUCUUCUUCAGAAUUGAUUCCUUCAAAGAUCCCAGAAGUGAUAAUUAGGUGAAUAGUAUAGCCAAUCGGGUGGCACCAAACCUUUAUCAAGUUGCUGGUGGCUGAGAUUGUGCACACACUGAGGAAAUAAUUUUCUAGUAACGUAGUCCAUAUUAACACAGAUCUCAUGCUACCUGCACAUAAAAUUGCAUGAGAAAAAUCAUUUUAACAUUAAAUUUCAAUGUUAAAAAAACUACUUGUGCAUCAUAAAUAUUUGAGGGGGAGAGGGGAUUAUCAGCCCACAUGGCAGAUCAUCUCAUGAAACUUCCAGGGACAAAGCAGAGUUAAUACCUGAAGUGAAGUAAUUCACAGUGACCCUGUGAAUAACCCCUUUUCUUUUUCAUGUGGCUGUUAACAGAAGUUAGUGAACAUAGGUACAGUCGACAUUUCAGGCCGAGACCCUUUGUCAGGACUAACUGAAGGAAGAGUUAGUAAGA